AUGUCUGACGCCAACCGCAAGUCCUUGCACUCUCGCAUGUUCGAUAAGGUGACUCCGAGCAUGAUGAAGUCCAGGAAGGAGGUGGCCAAGGAGAACGCCACUGGCAAGGCCGAUGAUGCCACUCGUGAUGCACAACCAGACUCUACCAAAGGAGCGGUCCAGGAGGCAGUGGACAAAGUGGAUCGAGCCGGAGAUGCGAUCGUUCACGGUGACAAGCCUCAUACCAAGCAGCACAAGUCUAUCUUCGGUCGGAAGAAGUGCUGA